AUGGCCCUGCCCGCCCACGCCUCCACCGGGCUCCUCCCGAGCGAAUCCGAAUCGCUAGCGCUUCAAACGCAACGCAUCCUCAUCCUCCCAACGCGCGCUUUGGACAAGGUCAGAUUGAUGCAGGGCACCUUUGGACCUUUUAGACCUGCUAGGACCUGCUCCGUUCCUCUUUGGUUGGCUUUGCACUUGAAGAGAAAGAGAAAGGCUAGGAUUGUUUGUCCGGAUUGGUUGAGCGUGGACUCGCUGAAAUCCUCGCUGCGUCACGAGACGACUUCCGAUUCCUUCUGUUCCCUACCUCUGCACUAUCCCAGCAUCGCCCGAGCGCUUAUAGACGACGCAUCAGACGAUAUUCCAGACGCUUCCCUCGUUCGUUCCUUGCUCAAAGAUCUCAGAGAGGCGAGACAAGCAAAGAUCAUGCAGGGUCUAUCCGACGUCAAUUGUUGGCACUUGGAGAUGUCCAACAUUUCUCAUUCGGAACUCUGCGAAUUGCGUCCCUUUAUCAAUCGAGCCUUCGACGAUCUCAAGCGUCUCUUGCCC